AUGCUGGGGGAUUAUGGAGGAGGCGAGUAUGUUGGGGGGCUUGUGGAGGCAGGCAGCUCGCUACAUCUAUUUUUGUCAGGCGGCGAGGGAGCUGUGAUUAUGGAUGCUAGGGGCAUACUGGAGUUUGUGGAGGCGGGUGGCAGGUUGCGCGAAUAUUAGGCAUGCCUUGAGGGAGCUGUGAUGUCCCUGUUCUGCUCCCUUGCGUGCCACUUAGUAAGGCCGGGGCUGGAAUAUGACGUCAUAUUCCGGCUCUGACCUUACUAAGGACAAUUCUCUAGCCGGCCUCCUGCCCGCCUCAGAGGUAAUGGGCUCACAUAUCCCAGGCACCAAGAAAAAAUUCCUAGGUGCCAUGGUGACCUGGCACCUGGGGUGUGUCGAGCCCUGCUUCAAUACUACAUGCAAACAAACUCCUGCAUUGAAAUGUCAACACUUCAUACAAACACCAUUGUAAUAAACACUAAAAUUAUAUAUAUAUAUAUAAACACACCUUUGCAUUCAAAAAUCAACAAUACACAUAAAUACAUGCUUGCAUUCAAAUCCCCACAUAGAAACAAACUCCUAUAUUCAUGCAAACAUACUCCGUACAAAAACAUUCUUACACACAAACACUGCUCAGUGCUAAACACAACCCUGCAAGCAUGGGAAAAUGGUAAAGCUCCAGCUGUCAAAGCAUUGUUGGAGUUGCAUGACAGAUGGGGAUCUACCUUUUAGCCACCCUUGCGAUAGGAAGGCCCCCAAAAAUUAUUGCAACAAGGCCCUCUCUAUUUUAGUUCCGCAACUGCAUUGGGGUUGAGGGCAUGAUUGCAUGCCAGGGAGUGUGACGGGAGGGGGUGGGGUCCAAGCAAAAGCAUUGUGCAAGCAGACACACACAUUUGUCCAAAUUUGAGCUACAAAUUCCUAAACUUUAUUCAUAAAGAAAUGAACCAAGCAAUGGUUGUACAUGUUAAUUUAUUUAGGGCAGGGGUUCCAAAUUAAUUUUUCCAGUGGAACCCUUUGACAAAGUGUUUCAACAUUGUGGAAUCCCCCCCCCCCCAACAAAAUGUUGUGCCAUAGCAUAAACUUUCAAUUAGCAGAGUGUAAUGUUUUCUUUUUUUGCUAUAUAUACACACUAAUUUCUACAGAUAAUAAUCAGAUUUUAGUACUUAGGAGCAGGUGUGCUUCUGUAUGUAGAGUUGGUGUUUGUAUAUAAUUUAAGUAUUUUAAUACAGGGAUGUGUUUUUAUGUAAUGUUUGCAUUUGCAUGCAGGGGUGUGUUUGGAUGUAGUGUUGGAUUUUAAAUGUGGAUGUAUAUUUGGGUGUAGUAUUGCUGUUUGAGUGUUUGUAUGUAAUUUUGGAGUUGGAGUUCAGGGGCGUCUUUGUAUGUCAUGUUUGUGUUUGCAGGGGAGUGUGUUGUGUUGUGUUGGUGUUUGAUUGCUGGGAUGUCUACACAUGCACUGCCACAUACAUACACAGAUAUACAUACACAUUAACAAACAGAAACACACAUAUACACACACAGAGACAUACACUGACACCGAUACACACACCUUGACACACAGGUACACACACUAGCACAUACAAACACAGAUACACACACCAGCAGAUACAUACUGACACACAGAUACACACACUGGCACAUACACACGCCGGUACACACACACUGGCACAUAAACACAUACACUGGCACAUACACACACAGACACACACAGUGGCACGCAUAUACACACACUCAGACACACUCAGACACACACAAUGACAGAAACACUGACACACAGAUACACACUGGCACAUACAUAUUGACAGAUGCACUGACACACAAAUACACACUGGCACACAUAUAUACACACGGACAUACAUAUACACACACUGGCAUACAGAUACACACACCUUGACACACAGAUACACACACUGGCACAUGCACACACACACACACACACACUCUAGAAGAUACACACACUGACAUACAGAUAUACACACAUAUAUACACACUGGCACACAGAUACACACACUGACACAUACACACAAUCAGAUACACACACUGACAGAUACACACACACUGGUACAUACACACAUGCUGACAGAUACACUGCCAUGAUGAAACAUGAAUGAUGGCCUACUUUUUUCACUUGAUCUAUGAACAAAAUGGCAAGAAAAUGCAUCGAACAGUGUAUUGCAAAUAUAUACACAAUAUUUAUAUCCAUAUUUGCUUCCUUUUCAAACUGCUUCAUUUUCCCCAAACUUUUUCCGCUAAUGAAUUUUGGUCAAGCCGAAACACCAUAUGGCCAAAAUUCUGACAUCCGAAAAAUGUAUUUUAAGAAGUAUUUAGACCAAAACAAAUGAUUUUCUCAUACACAAGUCUAUUUAAUAGCAAAUAAACUAUGUCAAGUUAUACUUCAUUAUGAUCAACUGUUGUUAAGUGGGUUCAUUUGAGUAAUCAAAGCUUUACUUUUUCUACCAACAUGCUUCAUGUUAGCUGAGUGAGUGCAACCUUAGCAUCCCAACAUCUCACUAUUAAUUAAUUUUGCUCACUGCAAGUUAUGCAUUGUUACCAUUUGUAAAAUUAUCAUUGUUUGAGAGUAAAAGAGAGCAGAUGGAAAAGGGAGAAAAACAUUCUAUAAAUAUAAAAUGUAUUGUUUCUUCUCCUUCCAGUAUCAGCCCCAUGUUCUUUGACUGCAAGUGACGUGGAGGAAAUUAAAGCAAUGUAAGUUUCAUAUUACAUGUGGGAUAAUAUCUUUCACAUUAUAAAUGAUAGCAUAAAAUAUAUUUUGUUCAGUAGGAAAAAUCUAUCGAGAGAAUCAUAUUUAUUUUCUUCACCAUUAGAAUCAAAUGCCCACCUGGAUGUCAGACUAAAAAACAUAGUGUUUGGGGAUAUAAAGUCUAUACAGAGGUAAGGAACCAAAAAUUAUUUCAUUCAUGAUUUGGAUCAUGUCUAGAUUAGAAUUAAGAACAAAACAGCAUUGCAUACAUGAUACGAUGAUAUUUCCACAUCAUCUUUUUCCAAAUCACAGCAACUCAACAGGUAAUCUCAAUUAUUGUCUCAUCUGACUGUAUUGAAUAUAUGUAACAAGAAAAUAAAGUGAAUGUUGUUAGCAGAUUCAGAUACAGAUUUGUCGUUCACCACUUCCUGGAUAGCUACACUUUGAUGAAAUGAAUACCCUAGUGUAUAAUAGCAUUCUAUUAUGGUAAUUCCUGAAAUUAUUCAAUCUAUCUUCGACAAUUACUUUUGGCAGCAGCAAUACAUAUGACCUCAUUAAAGUUAAAUUAAAAACAAAAUUCCCCCACACUAACAAAAAUUCUCCACACUAACUUGUGCAUUAGCCACAAACUGACAUAAAUAAAAGUGAAGGUGGUAUGGGGUCCAAACUGAACAAGUGUUUUUAUAUAAUUGUAUUAUUAUGUAUUCACUUACCAUAUUAACAGUUGUGAUACCAAUGUUGCCUAAUUUAAAAUGGGCAAAUUCAUAUUGCCUGUUCUAUUUCUCCUUUCGUGGUUACCAUGAAUUGCAGUCUAUGAUUUAGGUAUAUGCUCCGACCUAAUCAGCAGAGCAGAACAAUACAAAAUAAAUGAAAUAGGCUAAUUUUAAAGGUAUGGAUUAUUGCUCCAUUAGAUACAAAAUUCAAGAUUAAUAUCUAUACCAUUUUGAGAAUUUUAAGCUUUUUACUUUAAUUCUGCUCUCUUGCUUAGGAUUCUUCAAUAUGCAGAGCUGCUAUCCAUGCAGGAAUACUACCUGAGGAAGGAGGAGAGGUUGAAAUAGAAAAGGUACUGGGAAUGGACAGCUAUGAUGAGUCUAUGAAGAAUGGAAUUAGAUCUUAUAAACAUGGACCAUGGCAUGGAUCAUUUAUAUUCCCUUCAUCAUCACCAACUUCUGGAGAGGCUGAUGAACCAUGGACAUCUAGAGAACCUGGAAAAUAUCAAAAACCUUGGAGGCCUAGUGAAGUAAAGUAUCCAGAACCUGGCAAGUCUACGGAUCCAGUCCAGUCUGAUGAACCUUGGAGGCCUAGAGAACCUGGAAAGUAUUCAGAACCAGGAAAGUCUGGGAAACCUGGAAAGACAGAUGAACCUUGGAGGCCUAGAGAACCUGGAAAGUAUCCAGAACCAGGUAAGUCAACAGAUCCAGCAAAGUCUGGUGAACCAUGGAGGCCAAGAGAACCUGCAAAGUAUCCACAGCCUGACCAGUCAACAGAUCCAGGCAAGUCUGAUGAACCUUGGAGGCCUAGGCAACCUGUGAGGUAUCCAGAACCAGGGAAGACAAGAGAUCCAGGAAUGCCUGAUGAACCUUGGAGGCCUAGAGAACCUGGAAAAUAUCUAGAACCUGGAAAGUCAACAGAACCAGGAAGGUCUGAUGAACCAUGGAGGCCAAGAGAACCUGGAAAGUAUCCACAACCUGACCAGUCAACAGAUCCAGGCAAGUCUGAUGAACCUUGGAGGCAUAGGCAACCUGGGAAGUAUCCAGAACCAGGGAAGACAACAGAUCCAAGAAUGCCUGAUGAACCUUGGAGGCCAAGAGAACAUGGAAAGUAUCCACAACCUGGCAAGUCAACAGAUCCAGGAAAGUCUGGUGAACCAUGGAGAACUAGAGAACCUGGAAAGUAUCCAGAACCAGCAAAGACAACAGAUCCAGAAGGGUCUGAUGAACCUUGGAGGCCAAGAGAACCUGUAAAGUAUCCACAACCUGGCAAGUCAAAAGAUCCAGGACAGUCUGAAGAACCUUUGGGGCCUAGAGAACCUGGAAAGUAUCCAGACUCAGGAAAGUCAGAUAAACCAUGGGGAUCAAGAGAACCUGGAAAGUAUCCACAACCUGGAAAGUCAAUAGGUCCAGGAAGGUCUGAUGAACCGUGGAGGCCUAGAGAACCUGGAAAAUAUCUAGAACCUGGAAAGUCAACCGAACCAGGAAGGUCUGAUGAACCUUGGAGGCCUAGAGAACCUGGAAAGUAUCCUGAACCAGGAAAGUCAACAGAUCCAGGAAAGUCUGAUGAACCUUGGAGGUCUAGAGAACCUGGGAAGUAUCCAGAACCUGGCAAGUCAACAGACCCAAGAAAGCCUGGGGAACUUGGAAAGACAGAUGAACCUUGGAGGCCGAGAGAACCUGGAAAGUCUGGGCAACCAGGAAAAUUGCCAGAAACAGGAAAAUAUCCAGAACCUGGAAAGUCAGCAGAAACUGGAAAGUAUCCAGAACCAGGAAAAUCAACAGAAACAGGAAAGUUUGAUGAACCUUGGAGGCCUAGAGAACCCGGUAAGUCAACAGAUCCAGGAAAGUCUGGUGAACCAUGGAGAACUAGAGAACCUGCAAAGUAUCCAGAACCAGGAAAGACAACAGAUCCAGGAAGGUCUGAUGAAGAUGAACCUUGGAGGCCUAGAGAACCUGGGAGGUAUUUAGGACCUGGAAAGUCAACAGAUCCAGGAAAGUCUGAUGAAACUUGGAGGCCAAGAGAACCUGGAAAUUAUCCACAACCUGGCAAGUCAACAGAUCCAGGAAAGUCUGAUGAACCUUGGAGAAUUAGAGAACCUGGAAAGUAUCCACAACCUGGGAAGUCAACAGAUUCACCAAAGUCUGAUGAACCUUGGAGGCCUAGAGAACCUGGAAAGUAUCCAGAACCUGGAAAGUCAACAGAUCCAGGAAAGUCUGAUGAACGUUGGAGGCCUAAAGAACCUGGAAAGUAUCCAGAACCUGGAAAGUCAACAGAUCCAGGAAAGUCUGAUGAACCUUGGAGACCUAAAGAACCUGGAAAGUAUCCAGAACCUGGAAAGUCAACAGAUCCAGAAAAGUCUGAUGAACCUUGGAGACCUAGAGAACCUGGAAAGAAUCCAGAACCUGGAAAGUCAAGAGAACCUGGACAAUUGCCAGAAUCAGGAAAAUAUCCAGAUCCCAGAAAGUCAGCAGAACCUGGCAAGUAUCCAGAACCUGGAAAGUCAAGAGAACCUGGAAAAUUGCCAGAAUCUGGAAAGUAUCCAGAACCAGGAAAAUCAACAGAACCGGGAAAGUUUGAUGAACCAUGGAGGCCUAGAGAACCCGGCAAGUCAACAGAUCCAGGAAAGUCUGGUGAACCAUGGAGAACUAGAGAACCUGUAAAGUAUCCAGAACCAGGAAAGACAACAGAUCCAGGAAAGUCUGAUGAACCUUGGAGGAUUAGAGAACCUGGAAAGUAUCCACAAUCUGGGGAGUCAACAGAUUCACCAAAGUCUGAUGAACCUUGGAGACCUAGAGAACCUGAAAAGUAUCCACAACCUGGCAAGUCAACAGAUCCAGGAAAGUCUGGGCAACCAGGAAAAUUGCCAGAAUCAGGAAAAUAUCCAGAACCUGGAAAGUCAACAGAACCUGGCAAGUAUCCAGAACCUGGAAAGUCAACAGAACCUGGAAAAUUACCAGAAUCUGGAAAGUAUCAAGAACCAGGAAAGUCAACAGAACCAGGAAAGUCUGAUGAACGUUGGAGGCCUAAAGAACCUGGAAAGUAUCCAGAACCUGGAAAGUCAACGGAUCCAGGAAAGUCUGAUGAACCUUGGAGACCUAGAGAACCUGGAAAGAAUCCAGAACCUGGAAAGUCAAGAGAACCUGGACAAUUGCCAGAAUCAGGAAAAUAUCCAGAUCCCGGAAAGUCAGCAGAACCUGGCAAGUAUCCAGAACCUGGAAAAUCAAGAGUACCUGGAAAAUUGCUAGAACCUGGAAAGUAUCCACAAUCUGGGGAGUCAACAGAUUCACCAAAGUCUGACGAACCUUGGAGACCUAGAGAACCUGGAAAGUAUCCACAACCUGGCAAGACAACAGAUCCAGGAAAGUCUGGGGAACCUGGAAAGGCAGAUGAACCUUGGAGGGCAACAGAACCUGGAAGGUAUCCAGAACCUGGGAAGUCAACAGAUCCAGGAAAGUCUGGGCAACCAGGAAAAUUGCCAGAAUCAGGAAAAUAUCCAGUACCUGGAAAGUCAACAGAACCUGGCAAGUAUCCAGAACCUGGAAAGUCAAGAGAACCUGGAAAAUUACCAGAAUCUGGAAAGUAUCCAGAACCAGGAAAGUCAACAGAACCAGGAAAGUCUGAUGAACGUUUGAGGCCUAUAGAACCUGGAAGGUUUCCACAACCUGGCAAGUCUACAGAUCCUGGAAAGUCUGAUGAACCUCUGAGGCCAAGAGAACCUGGAAAGUAUCCUGAACCAGGGAAGACAACAGAUUCAGGAAAGUCUGAUGAACCUUGGAGGAUUAGAGAACCUGGAAAGUAUCCACAACCUGGCAAGACAACAGAUCCAGGAAAGUCUGGGGAACCUGGAAAGGCAGAUGAACCAUGGAGAGCAACAGAACCUGGAAGGUAUCCAGAACCUGGCAAGUCAACAGAUCCAGGAAAGUCUGGGCAACCAGGAAAGACUGGGCAACCAGGAAAGUCUGGGCAACCAGGAAAAUUGCCAGACUCAGGAAAAUAUCCAGAACCUGGAAAGUCAACAGAACCUGGCAAGUAUCCAGAACCUGGAAAGUCAAGAGAACCUGGAAAAUUACCAGAAUCUGGAAAGUAUCCAGAACCAGGAAAGUCAACAGAACCAGGAAAGUCUGAUGAACGUUGGAGGCCUAAAGAACCUGGAAAGUAUCCAGAACCUGGAAAGUCAACAGAUCCAGGAAAGUCUGAUGAACCUUGGAGACCUAGAGAACCUGGAAAGAAUCCAGAACCUGGAAAGUCAAGAGAACCUGGACAAUUGCCAGAAUCAGGAAAAUAUCCAGAUCCCGGAAAGUCAGCAGAACCUGGCAAGUCUACAGAACCUGGAAAAUCAAGAGUACCUGGAAAAUUGCCAGAGUCUGGAAAGUAUCCAGAACCAGGAAAUUCAAGAGAACCAGGAAAGUCUGAUGAACCUUGGAGGAUUAGAGAACCUGGAAAGUAUCCACAACCUGGGGAGUCAACAGAUUCACCAAAGUCUGAUGAACCUUGGAGACCUAGAGAACCUGGAAAGUAUCCACAACCUGGCAAGACAACAGAUCCAGGAAAGUCUGGGGAACCUGGAAAGGCAGAUGAAACUUGGAGGGCAACAGAACCUGGAAGGUAUCCAGAACCUGGCAAGCCAACAGAUCCAGGAAAGUCUGGGCAACCAGGAAAAUUGCCAGAAUCAGGAAAAUAUCCAGAACCUGGAAAGUCAACAGAACCUGGCAAGUAUCCACAACCUGGAAAGUCAAGAGAACCUGGAAAAUUACCAGAAUCUGGAAAGUAUCCAGAACCAGGAAAGUCAACAGAACCAGGAAAGUCUGAUGAACGUUUGAGGCCUAUAGAACCUGGAAGGUUUCCACAACCUGGCAAGUCUACAGAUCCUGGAAAGUCUGAUGAACCUCUGAGGCCAAGAGAACCUGGAAAGUAUCCUGAACCAGGGAAGACAACAGAUUCAGGAAAGUCUGAUGAAACUUGGAGGAUUAGAGAACCUGGAAAGUAUCCACAACCUGGCAAGACAACAGAUCCAGGAAAGUCUGGGGAACCUGGAAAGGCAGAUGAACCUUGGAGGGCAACAGAACCUGGAAGGUAUCCAGAACCUGGCAAGUCAACAGAUCCAGGAAAGUCUGGGCAACCAGGAAAGACUGGGCAACCAGGAAAGUCUGGGCAACCAGGAAAAUUGCCAGACUCAGGAAAAUAUCCAGAACCUGGAAAGUCAACAGAACCUGGCAAGUAUCCAGGAGCCUGGAAAGUCCAGGAACCUGGAAAAGGUACCCAGUCAGAAAGUAUCAGAACCAGGAAAGUCAACAGAACCAGGAGAAAGUCACAGUGA